CCACAAAUUGGUUCCUGCUGACCAGAAGCACAUGACCACAUGAUCAGGCGUGUUUACGCUUGCAGUCAGCGCACAGGUAAAAUGUUGAGAACAGCGAACCGUGGCAAAGCCUAGUUAUUUGUUCAGCGGUCAACUUCAGAAACCGUGGUGUCAGGGUCAUUGAGCCCAAGAAACCAGCCCUCUGUCCACCAUGGCCGAGACAGAUGUGGAACAGGUGACCCUGGCUCUGCUCGAUGCGGCCAAUGAUAAAGACUUUGAAGUCCAGACUCAGGUCAGGAAGUCGAUGCUGACUUUAGCAAAUGAGCAGCCUGACCGAGUGCUUGCUAUGUGUCAGGACUACCUGCUGAAACACCCGAAGUUGGUGGUGAGUCACAGAGUUGUGAUUCUUCAAACCAUUGAGCUGAUUGUUGGCAGCAGGAUAGACGCAAUCUCUUACCCCAGGAUCAAGAGUAUCAUCUCCUUGGCCUCAGAUGAGAUGACGCGUUCAAAGGAAGUUGUCCCUGACUGGCAGCAGGCAGCCAGUAACAUUCUUGUAGCUGUUGGCAACAAACAUAUCAAUGAGAUAAUGGAGGAGAUACUGAGCAAGUUUCAACCUGGAGUCUUGCCUCACUUUUUUGUGGUCCAGACGUUGGCCAACCUGUCUGAUUCCAAUGUUUAUGGCAUGGUGCCUUUCCUAAACGCUAUUCUUGGUACCAUGUUGCCUAUGUUGAGCCUGACCAAACAAGACAACAUGAAGUGGGUCUUCUCCUCCGCUCUGCGCCAUUUCAGUGACAGUAUCUUGGAGUACCUUGCCAAUCUCGACAAGGCACCAGAUCCCACAGUUAGGCAGGACACAUUCUCAAGUGAAAUCUGUGCUGCGUUUGACAUCCUUUUCAAUAACUGGUUACAGAGCAGAGAAUCGAAGUUGAGGCUGACAGUAGCUGAGGCAGUGGGCUCAAUGUGCCAUCUGAUGGCUAGUGAUAAACUGGAGGAACACAUCCCCAAGCUCAUCCCUGCCAUUCUGUCCUUGUACAAGAAAAACAACGAGCACUACAUCAUUAGCAAGAGUCUUUGCCAUGUUCUUGAUGCUUCUGUGAACAUGGGAAGCAGGGUGCUGGAGACUCAACUGGACAGUCUGCUCUUUGCACUGCAUCAGCAGGUGUCCACCUCCGUCGAUUACAAUAACCCUCCUACAGUCAAGAACCACAAUGAGGUUCUUCGUUGCUUCAGUCUGUUAGCAAACACCUUCCCCGACCGAGUGGUAAUGUUUGUUCUCCAGAGGCUUGAGAACAGCAAUGAACGGAGUAGGUUUGGCUCACUGGCUGUCCUGCGUCAUCUCAUCAACUCUAGCACAUCCAUGAUGGAGAGUAAGAAGCUUCUGAUUCUAGCCAGCAUUAGGCAACCAAUGGCUGACCACAGUAACAAGGUUAAGAAGCGUGUGGUCCAGGUUAUCAGUGCAAUGGCCCACCAUGGUUACCUGGAGUUGGAUGGAGGCGAGUUACUGGUGCGAUUCAUAGUGCAACACUGUGCAUUACCGGACACAUAUCAGCAUGGACAGAAACCUGCAGACCCAGAAGAGGUAACAAACGAGUCACUGAGGACAAUGUGUGACAACACACUUCAUCUACUGACAACAACUGUUGGACGUUUGGCUGAUGUGCUUUGGCCAAAGCUGCUCUACUACCUUACCCCACAACAGUACAGCAAUGCCACCACUCCACUGUGUAAGAGUCUGAUUGUACUUGGCAAUAAAAAGAAAGACAACAAGGAACCUACCUUCAAUAUAGACUUUUCACAGGAAGUCAAUCUUCCUUCGCCUCAAACACUGAUGAUCAAACUGCUAGUCAAUGCGGCAUUUCCAUUCAAUAGCAGAGGUCAUGGAGCUCCAUCACUCUCCCUCCUACAAAUCCUCUCUGUGAACAUUCACCGCAACACAGAGGCUGUUUGGGACCAAGAGAUCCCUCCUCUUUUGACAGUACUGGAAGAGACAACUGCAGAGGACCUUGAUAAGAAAAGCUGGAAUGAAAAUCUUUUGCAGCUCCUAGCUAAAACUUUGGUGGCUGUUGAAGAUGACAAGUGGGUCUGCCAGUUUGCAGCAGAAGCAACAAGUUAUCUUUCCACCUAUAACAAUGCUUUGGACGAGAAGAGCUUCCUGUAUCAGUGUAUUGGAGUGACCCUCCAGCAUUCUUUUAACAAGGACUUUGUUAAAAAACAAUUGCAAGAAAUCCUCCUCAAAGCACGACACAAUGAUGCUGUUGAAAGAGAGGGUUUGGCUUUGGGCAUUGGCUUGUGUGCCAACAGUCAUUUAGAAGGAACUCUGGCCAAGCUUGACGAGUUUGGAAAGUCUGAUGCAUUCAAGAAAUCCCCAAGUAUCUUCAACCUGCUCAAAGAUCGAAAUGAGGUUGAGACGGAGAAGGUAAAAAGCACUUUAAUAUUGUGUUACGGUCAAGUGGCCGUGAACGCUCCUCCAGAAAAGAUCCUCAAUCGCAUUGAUCAAGACAUUCUUCGCUGCAUCAAUAAACACUUCAACACAAAGGUUCUUGGGAUUAAAGUAGAGACAAAGGAUUUGACAAUGAAACUAAGUUUGAUCCAGAGUGUUGGCCUUGUUGCCAAAGCCAUCAGUGAGUGUGUAAAGAAACAAGGCUAUGUCUUCUCCCGCAAACAAGAACUCAUUGCUCUUAUCCAGGAUUUUAUUAAGGCAGAACCUGCUGAUGCGCUUCGGAGUCCAGUGCGCCACCUGGUCAUGAGCACUUGUGCCAACCUAAUGCCUCUCGACCCUGCACUGAGUGAGAAUGAGACCUUUGACUUGCUGAAGGUGUGUGUGAACAGUGUGUUUUCUCUUCCACCUGAGCCGCACACUCCAGAGAAAAUAACAAAAGAAGAAGAAAUACUUGACCCCAAACAAAGAAAGGCCUUGUACAAAGAUACGUUGUCUUCACUGCAUGAGUUACUGAGCAGUGUGCUUGGUAAGGAUCCCACGCCUGAUAGUUUACAGAGUGUAUUCAAGCACAUAGAAUGCUGGCUGACCUCAACACAAGACCACGAGAGAGAGAGAGCUAUCUUGGCCACUGCUCACAUGUUGACUCACUACUUGGACAACAUGACAGUAAAGAACAUGAUGUCCUUCCACAACCUUGGAGCUCUCCUGGGACGACUGUCUCCACGCUGCUCCGACCCUCACGUCGCUGUCCGCACCACCGCCAUUGACUGUGUAUACAUACUGCUCACCAUCCAACUACGCUAUGAAGGUUUCGCUCUUGACUAUAAAGAUGACGCUGUGGAAGGUCUCUUGCCCCUUAAAACACAACUGGAAAACCCAGACCAUUCAAUCCUCUACAAGUCUUGCUCUGAGCUCACCAAGGUGAUGAGCAAGCGUCUGCCUCAGCCGCAGAUGACCACAUUGGUGUUCAUGUUGUUUGAGGGUCUGGUUGACAGUCAGACAAACUGUUGCAGAGCUUCUUCUGUCAUCCUGAACACAUUGCUGAAGAAUAGAGGAGGGGGACUGCAAGAGAUGGUACCAGAGAUGCUGGAGGUGCUUCAUGUACGACUGCAGAGCAUCACUGAGGAGCAGGUGAGAGUGGCAGUUGGGCAGACGGUGCUAAUCAUGGCCUCUCAACAUCUCCAAACUGUUGUCAAUACGCUAGUUAACCAACCUCUACCGUAUGACAGCUGGACCAGUGAGAUGUGGAUGGCUUUGGGAGCAGACCCCAUCGUGGCCAGUCAAAUCAUAGAGAUAGUGAUGGAGAAACUUUCUGUCUUGGCGCCCUACGUGGACAAGAAAGAGUCACUGAUCAGAGGAGGAACAACUAAGGUGGCUACAAAUAAGCCACUUGCUAUGACAUGUGGUCUCAAGGAAUUGUUAUUAAAUGGCCAGAGCCAGGAGCCAGCGCUAAGCAAGUUUUCUCAGCUCUUCUCCUGUCUCAUUGUCAGACUGGCAGCUAGUGUUGGCGUGUCUGCACCAAAGGAUAACUCCACCAAGCGCACGGCCUCAGUCCACGUUGCAGGAGUUGCGGCUGAUGCGCUGAGAAUCUUGGUAGCGAGAGCUCAGUUAGAUGAGGUGUUAAAAAGACUCGAAGAGGAUAAAGCUUGGGACGCAAUGAGGGAAGAGAAGACGCACAUCACUGGAGUAACGCUACUGGCAAGAGCAAUGGCGAAACAUGCCGGUCCCAGGUUGCCCGCCAUUGUCGAGUGUUUAUGCCCUACCUUGAACAACAUUUAUGAGUGUCAGCGUAUCACCGUCACAGCUUUCUUCUCUGAGCUCCUGAACCAUCACGUGGCUACGGAGUUGAUGUUUAUUGACGUGUUAAUGAAUAACAUGAUGGAAAGGAUAUCGGAUCCAUGCUGCACUGUCCGCAUGUUGGCCGUGCGGGGUCUUGGAAAUAUCGCUGUCGGAUCACCUGAAAAGGUGAACAAGUAUGCCAAAGAACUACUUGCAGCCAUGAGUUCAGGCAUGGAGGAAAAAGAUGACCCAGGCAAACUGAUUACUCUUGAGGCAAUGUCCGGUCUCUCAAAAGUUCUUCUCUACCUGGAUAAGAAGAAUGUCCACCUACUGGUGGUUUACAUUUUCAUGAAGAUCAAACCAUUUUUAGAGAGUGAGAAUGACGAGAUUCGCUGUGCUUCUAUUCACCUUAUGGGGAAACUGUCCAAGUUUGGUUCUGGCGAGCCAGUGUUCAAGGACCAGAUACACAACGUAUUGGUCAGCCUGCUUUUACACCUGGUUGAUCCAAACCCACAAGUGGUCAAGGCAUGCAAGUAUGCGAUGCGUGUGUGCGCUCCAAUGGUGGGUUCGGAGCAGAUCACAGCCAUGUUUCAGAACCACCUCCAUGAGGACAAGAGCUUGCACUACGGGGAGUUCAUCAACGAUCUCACCAAGUAUCUGAUCCAAGACUUCCCGGGCAUGCUGAACUUCUACCACAUUUCCGUUCUCCAGUUCUUCAAGAGCAACUGGUCUGAAGUCCGAGCAGGAGCUGCAAUGUUCAUAGGGUUUCUGCUGGGGAACCUUCCAGAGGAGCAUUAUGCUCACCUCAACAUGGGCACCAUCACAAAAGGCCUUGUGAUGCUGCUCCAAGAUCCCGACCCUCUGGUAAGAGUGAAGGCUGCAGAGGCCAUGGGACAUUUCCACUGAUGCAAACAUCGGCAUGUCAUUAAGUUGCUGGAAAGUGGCCGUCAACAUGAAGGAGUCCAAUGUUUUUGAAUUGGUCAUGGCUGUAUUCCUGCGUGUGUAUAUAUGGUGCACAACCGCAAUCUGCAAGCCAUCAAUGACCUUAUACAGGUGACACCACGUUCACGUUGACACCCUCCUGCACGCGUAGCUUUAUUCACCGUGUUUUCACACUUCACUUAUAGUACAUAGAAAGUGUCCAUUUCUAUUUUAGCAACCAAAGACAGUAGUUUGUAUCAGAGGCAUGGCAGUGUCAUACUGUAUACCUGCCACACACAUGCCAUUUUUUUUACUAUACAUGGAGAGAAUUAUGUUUAUAAGAAUAAAAAAUAGUUUCUUUAAAUAUCUGGAUGACUCAUAUUUCUAAAUACAAAAGUAGACUUUCACAUGUGUCUUGGUGUGGGUGUUUAUUUUAAAUAAUAUUUCACGAGUACAAGUCUACAAUUCACCUUUAUAUUUAGUUGUUUGGUGAUUUCUUGUUUUUUCUGUAGCCAAGCUACCAUCUGGUUACAGCUACUGGACUUUUUACAUGUAAAUGUGUCAACCUGGCCGAUUGGGACCACAUAUUUCAGCUAUGUCUUUGCCCUCAUAAGAAAUAAGCAAUUUCCUCUAUCAAAGUCUUAAGCCAUCAUGUCCUGAAUGAACCUUGCUGAGCCGUUGUUGUUUUUUAAUGAUCUCAUCACGUUUUAUUCCCCAAGUUCAUGCCAUCACUAACUGUAACAUAGGAGCCAUUUGAGCAUUGGUCCUGCAGUUCAAUAAAAUGUUACACUUCAUAGAGGAAGUAGAUGCACUACUGACCCUUUAAUUUGAGAACAAGCCAAAAUGUUCGCAAAAUGCGCAAAAAUGCCUUUUUGAGACCAUUUCUGUCAUCAACGUCACAACGAAUGUCUUUUGUGUGUUUUUCUUUUCCCAUGUCACUGCGCUCACACGUGUAGCCGGUUGUAUCUCAGCCUUGUGAAUAUUUGAUCGAUCAACAGUUGGGAUAGGGAGAGAAUUUUAUAAGAGGAGCGAUUUUUUCCUCCUCUUUUAUUUUUCUGUAGCACUUGAACAUCUGCAGUUUUACCUUUAAAAAAAUAUAUGCCAACAAUAAAGGAGUUCCAUUUUUACAUUCCUAGCCUGUGGUCAGCUACUUAGUCAACUGAGGUUAGCCCUCCACAUUAAAGCAUAACUCACAGUACUGCAGUUGUAGGUAAGUUGAUGCAAGCAGCUGUUCCUUGAUCUGUAUUUAUUGUCAUGGGAUGUUCGGUGACGAUAUACAGUAAUUAUCUUCAAGCACUUUCUGUGUAAAUGUAAUUAGAAUGAGUCUUUAUUGUUUUGUAACUUAUAAAUUAUGCUAAUAUGGCUUUUUAUGUUUACUAUCUAAUGUGCAUUUAGUACAUUCCGCAUUUUAUCGGGCAACAUUCUGUCUGUGUCUCACAUGAUGUCUUGUUGCAAAUGGCUCGUUUGCGCGCGUGUGCGUGUGUGUGUGGCGGGGGGGGUCACUUGUCCUGUAUCCAUUGCGAAAAGUGUGAAGACGUUGUAUAAAUGGACAAAUAAAGAGAUGCAUAAA